CUCACACUCUCCCGGGCUAGGCGCAGCGGACGCGCUCCAGCCAGGUGUUGGAGAGACAGUGAGGAUUUCUGAAAUGGCACGAUGAAUCUUUGAAGACGGCUUCAACAGGAAUACGGGAAUACCGGGAUCUUCAAUGGCAGCAGAAGGAGUGAUCAGGAGACCGAGAUGAAUUUUAACAGUAUUCUAGAAGAGAUUCUCAUUAAAAGGUCCCAGCAGAAAAAGAAGACAUCACCCUUAAACUACAAAGAGAGACUUUUUGUACUUACGAAGUCCAUGUUAACCUAUUAUGAGGGCCGAGCGGAGAAAAAAUACAGAAAGGGGUUUAUUGAUAUUUCAAAAAUCAAGUGUGUGGAAAUUGUUAAGAAUGAUGACGGUGUCAUUCCCUGUCAAAAUAAGUAUCCAUUUCAGGUUGUUCAUGAUGCUAACACACUUUACAUUUUUGCACCUAGUGCACAAAGCAGGGACCGAUGGGUGAAGAAGUUAAAAGAAGAAAUAAAGAACAACAAUAAUAUUAUGAUUAAAUAUCAUCCAAAAUUCUGGGCAGAUGGAAGUUAUCAGUGUUGCAGACAAACUGAAAAACUAGCACCUGGAUGUGAAAAAUAUAAUCUUUUUGAGAGUAGUGUAAGAAAAGCACUACCUCCAGCCCCAGAAACGAAAAAGAGAAGGCCUCCCCCACCAAUUCCUCCUGAAGAAGAUAGUAGUGAAGAAAUAGUCGUUGCAAUGUAUGAUUUCCAAGCAACAGAAGCGCAUGACCUCAGAUUAGAGCGAGGUCAAGAGUAUAUCAUAUUGGAAAAGAAUGAUGUCCACUGGUGGAGAGCAAGAGAUAAAUAUGGGAGUGAAGGAUAUAUCCCCAGUAAUUAUGUAACAGGAAAGAAAUCAAACAACUUAGAUCAAUAUGAAUGGUAUUGCAGAAAUACAAAUAGAAGCAAGGCAGAGCAACUCCUCAGAACUGAGGAUAAAGAAGGUGCUUUUAUGGUAAGGGACUCCAGUCAACCAGGCUUGUACACCGUCUCCCUUUAUACAAAGUUUGGAGGAGAAGGUUCAUCAGGUUUCAGGCAUUAUCACAUAAAGGAAACAACAACAUCUCCAAAGAAGUAUUACUUAGCGGAAAAGCAUGCUUUUAGUUCAAUUCCUGAGAUUAUUGAAUAUCACAAGCACAAUGCGGCAGGACUCGUCACAAGGCUGCGGUACCCAGUUGGUACAAAGGGGAAGGAUGCCCCAACCACUGCGGGAUUCAGCUAUGAGAAGUGGGAGAUUAACCCUUCAGAGCUGACCUUUAUGAGGGAACUGGGGAGUGGACUAUUUGGAGUGGUGAGGCUUGGCAAGUGGCGAGCCCAGUACAAAGUAGCCAUCAAAGCCAUUCGGGAAGGCGCCAUGUGUGAGGAGGACUUUAUAGAAGAAGCUAAAGUUAUGAUGAAACUGACACACCCCAAGUUGGUGCAGCUGUAUGGUGUAUGCACCCAGCAGAAACCGCUUUACAUUGUUACUGAGUUCAUGGAACGGGGCUGCCUUCUGAAUUUCCUCCGACAGAGACAAGGCCAUUUCAGUAGAGACAUCCUGCUGAGCAUGUGUCAGGAUGUGUGUGAAGGGAUGGAGUACCUGGAGAGGAACAGCUUCAUCCACAGAGACCUGGCUGCCAGAAACUGUCUAGUAAAUGAGGCAGGAGCUGUGAAAGUGUCUGAUUUUGGAAUGGCCAGGUAUGUUCUGGAUGAUCAGUACACAAGUUCUUCUGGUGCUAAAUUCCCCGUGAAAUGGUGUCCACCCGAAGUGUUCAAUUACAGCCGCUUCAGCAGCAAAUCAGAUGUGUGGUCAUUUGGUGUUUUGAUGUGGGAGAUAUUCACUGAAGGCAGAAUGCCCUUUGAAAAGAACACCAACUAUGAAGUGGUAACCAUGGUUACUCGAGGCCACCGACUCUACCGGCCGAAGUUGGCAUCCCUAUAUGUAUAUGAGGUGAUGCUGAGAUGUUGGCAGGAGAAACCAGAGGGGAGGCCUUCAUUUGAAGAUUUGCUGCACACCAUAGAUGAAUUGGUUGAAUGUGAAGAAACUUUUGGAAGAUAAGUGGUGUUGUGACCAGUGGCUCCAAGAUUCCAAAGCAUGAAAAGGAAAUGGCACUUGGUGCAUAACUUAUUUGGAACCUGGUUGUGUAGACGUUUUACGUAUACACAGCUAAGGCAUUUGCUUCUAUACCAACCUUGGCUCUGUGACUGAGUUUACCCAGUUGUGAAGAUGCUGCCUUAGAGCUGGUGAUUCAAGGCACCCACUUCUUAUUUCUCCCGAACUUGAGUUCCAGACACUAUGCUCAGGCCCUGGGGUUUGCCCAUUUUAGGGGUGUGCAUGGAACCAUGUUGGGUAGUGCCAGUAGAAAGCCAAGGUUUGGGGGAAGGGGAACAGUACUAGACCCAUGUUCCAGCAACCCUUCACUUCUCUGUGAUUUCUGCGGAAAUAGAGGCCUGGGA